AUGGGUGCUGUUUGGUCUAUACCAGUCGUUAUAUGGUUAGGGUUGUGUGGCUCAGGCAACGAGGAAGGUCAACACGGAUCUGCGAACGAGACAGCUUCCACCUCCUACCUCGGAAGCGGAUCAAGCUCAAGCUUAAACAACACUUUACAUUUGAUCAACUCACCUGCACCCUCUGAUACACCAACAGAGGACAAUAAUUGGCCACUCAUAGGAAUAUUGACGGGACUCGCGGGAGCAUUUGCGAUUGUUGGGUUGAUAGGAGGUUAUAUUGAGUACAGAGAUCGAAAGGAAAAACGAAGGAAGGUAUCUCGUGCUCAUACCCAAUCUCAAAAUAUGCAAGGCAAUUCUUCAAACGAGGAUUCCGCCGCAGUUGAUAGUUUGCGACCGCCAGAGAAGGCACAUUUGAAAUUGGAGGACACUGAAACUCUUGUUGGAGAAGAGGACUUUGAAUAUCAUGCACUAAGUGGUGUAGAGUUUGCCGGGACAAAGUAUUGA